AUGAGACACGACGAAUCGCAUUUCGAUAUCAAUGCCUCGAAUGGCACUUGUUAUUAUGGCGUCAAUAUACAAGCUAAGGACGACUACAUCCCUUGCGGUAACGUCGAGCUCGGCGCGAAUUGGAGCUGCUGUGUCGCGGGGGAUAUUUGUUUAGGUAGCUCAGCAUGCUACCAUCGCCACUUUGAUAUAACAUACCUAGCGGGCUGCACCGACCCGUCUUAUAAGGAUUCUUCAUGUCCUUUCAAGGGUAGAUUUGGUAGCCAACAGUGGGUAGGGUUGGAAAACUGCAAGUACAACAACGACAUAUGGGCCGGUUGUAAGGAGCUAGAUGAUGUGCCAGGUUCUAGACCUCCUUCCGCUUGCACGUGCUCUAAAGAAGUUGAGGUCUUGACCGACAAGCCGGUGCUUGACAACAUCGGCCAACUUCCCACGAGCUCAGGUGGAACUAUUUCGUGGUACGAGGGAAGGGAGCCUGUUUUCACGAUGAUGCCACCGACCGUGGCAAAAUCGGCGACAGCAACGGUGACUUCAUCGUCGGAUCAACCGUCUAAUACAGUGAAUCCGUUGAGCGACCCGAAUGCGACACAUCCCUCGACAAUCGUUUGGAACCCCUCCGAAUCAACAAGCUCUCCAGUCCAAGUAAGCACGACGCCAUCGACCGUCGUCCCUCCCUCCAGCCAGCCCGAUCUAUCAGCCAGCACCCCUACAGGCACGAACCUGUCUACAGCAGCGCAAGCCGGUAUUGGUAUAGGCGCGGGCUUCGGGGCCAUACUUCUCGGAAGUCUGUUGUACCUCGUGUUCUUCCUACGUAAGCGCCAGGGCAUCCUACGAGGCCACGCCAUGGCGCAAUCUGAUCUGCCCGGCGGCCCCAUCGAUCCUACCAGUCCCACGGCAACGGAGCUAGCGGCCGACGAACUCAAGAGAGCGAGCGAACUUCCGGGCUCACCCGCGGCUUCGGAGCUCGCGUCGCCUAUGUCGUCUACGGGGCCUCGACGAUCGUUCCGCGCAUAUAACCCGCAUCUGCAUGGUAACUACGCGCAGAAGUCCCCCGGUAGCCGGACCAGAAUCGACGAAGACCAGACUCUGAGCACCGAGGGUGGUGACCCGCUGGCUUCGCCAAUCAGCCCAUUGAGCCCGACAAGUCCGAGCAGCGUGAAGGCCGAGAAAGGUAGUGCCGGUACUCUGGAGCACGAGAAAGAGGAUACCAAGAAGGGACCCACGGCUACCGAGCCUGUUUUCGAGCUGGAAGGUUAG